CUUAAUGCUUUUGCUCUUUCUUUUGGCAGAUUUGGUUCCGUAUUCCGUCGUCAAAUAAAAGAAGUUGUAUGUGUUUUUCUAUAAAUUGGUGAAAAAUAAGGAACAAAAAUGGCAGAAUCAGAAGUUGUAGAUUUGGAUCUCACCAUUGAUGACUUAGUACCAAAAAGCCCUGAGAAAUUGGCUGAAGAAAAAAAGGAAAACGGAAACCAUUUAUAUAAAUUUAAAAAUUAUAAAGGAGCUUUGGCUAUGUAUGAAGAGGCUAUCAAACUGUGCCCAGAAAAUGCAGCAUACUAUGGCAACAGAUCUGCCUGCUACAUGAUGUUGGGAAUGUAUAAAAAAGCUUUGGAAGAUGCUCAAAAAGCUGUUGCUCUUGAUUCCACAUUCACCAAAGGAUACAUCAGGAUGGCUAAAUGUUGUAUUGCUCUAGGUGAUAUAUCUGGUGGAGAACAAGCAGUAAACCGUGCAACCGAACUUGGUGGUGCAGAUUGUGCGUCAAAUGAAAAACUGGCACUUGAUUCAUUGCGGCGAUUACAUGAAGAUGCUCAACGUGCUUUAGAAGCUGGUGAUUUUCGGCGUGUUGUGUUUUGUAUGGAUCGCUGUCUUGAAUAUAGUCCAUCUAGUUCAAGGGCAAAAUUGAUAAAGGCAGAAUGUCUGGCAAUGCUAGGACGAUGUCAAGAAGCUCAAGAGAUUGCCAAUGACUCAUUAAGAUUUGAUAGCCUUGACACGGAAGCCAUAUAUGUAAGAGGACUGUGCCUUUAUUUUGAGGACAAAGAUGAACAAGCCUUUAAACAUUUCCAACAAGUACUAAGACUGGCACCAGAUCACAAAAAGGCAAUGGAAACAUACAAGAAAGCUAAACUACUUAAACAGAAAAAGGAAGAAGGCAAUGAGGCAUUCAAGAUGGGACGAUGGCAACAAGCUUUAACUCUUUACAACGAAGCACUUAAAAUUGACAAAAAUAACAGAAAAGUUAAUGCCAAACUUUACUUUAAUAAGGCAACAGUAUGUGCCAAACUCCACCAAAUCAAGGAAGCUGCAGAUGCUUGUACUGCUGCUCUUGAUCUCGACUCAAACUACAUUAAAGCGCUUUUACGUCGUGCCAAGUGUUACACAGAGCUUGGUGAAUAUGAAGAAGCUGUAAAAGACUAUGAAAAGUUGUACAAAAUCGAUAAAAGUAAGGAAAAUAAACAGCUCUUACAUGAAGCAAAAAUUGCGCUUAAAAAAUCGAAACGCAAGGAUUAUUAUAAGAUUCUUGGUGUUGAAAAAACAGCAUCUGAGGAUGAUAUUAAAAAAGCGUAUAGGAAGCGGGCUCUCGUUCAUCACCCAGACAGACACGCGGGCGCCACAGACACGGAGCGUCGUGAACAAGAGAAACGUUUCAAGGAAGUCGGUGAAGCCUAUGGAAUCCUCAGCGAUCCCAAAAAACGAGCCCGCUAUGACCAUGGACAAGACUUUGACGACGAUGGCUCUGGUGUUGGUGAUAUCGAUCCAAAUGUCGUAUUCCAAACUUUCUUCCGCGGCGGCCAACCUUUUGACUUCCACAGUGGCGGCGGAUUCCCCGGUGCUGGCUUCAGUUUUCAGUUCGGCUAGAUCACAUGAUCAGUUUAAUAUCUGUAUACUAAAAACAUUCAUAACCCAACUUUACAUAGAAACUAUCAAAAUUUUGUCAUUCCAUUAUAAUUAUGUAUUGUCUAAUGGGCUAAUAAAUACAAUACGACAUUGUUUUUA